GGAUAUAUAAUAUCUUGGAUUUGAAUGAUUGUGUGCAACUAAUGUCUCCAGUUACUCUUAGGAAUGAAAACAAACCACAGCUACCCAGUAACCUAAGUAAACCUAAACCACAAAAGUUAACCAAAGAUUUUGUACAAUCAAAAAAUUAUCUUAAUUCUAUUCCUAACAAUCAUUCAACAAUAUAUCCAUCUAAAUUAAAAGAAACAUCAACAGCGUCAAAAUCAAACGAUAUUCUUGAUAAUCGUCUUCAUCAAUUAGAUGAUUCGACAAAAGAAUUAUUAUCAUAUUAUCGUCAUAAAGUAGAAACUUUAACUGAAGAUCAUGAAACUGUUCAACGUCGUCUAGAUAAAAUUUAUGAUGCUAUAAGUAAUCAAGAAUCACUUAGUUUAGAAUUAAAUCAACGUGAUGCUGAAAUUUCCGAAUUACAAAGAGCAUUAUCUGAUAUGCAGGUUUAUCUAUUUCAAGAACGUGAACAUGUUCUACGUUUAUACGCUGAAAAUGAUCGUUUAAAAAUUCGUGAACUAGAUGAUCGACGUAAAAUACAACAUUUAUUACAAUUAUCCAAUGUAGGACCAAAUGAAAUUACUUAUUUUUUAAAACAACCUAACACUGAAUCAAAAAAUGUUAUAAAUCAAGAUUCAGCUAAUAAUGAAACUGAUGAAACUAUCAUCGAUGAUGAAAAUAGAAAAUUGAACAAAAAGGUAACAUGGAUUUCAGCUAUGGCUGUUAAACCAAUUAUUCCAACAGCUCCUUCUCAAGGUGUUGUGGAAUUUACUGCUUCAGGAAAAACAAUUUUCAAACCAAGUAGAAAUACAAAAUCCGAUCAACUUAAAUCAGAUCAUAAAACUUGUUCUAAUCAGUCAGAACCAUUUAAAUCGGAUACAGUUUCUCAAAUUGAACAUGAAUCUGUGCUAAGAGAACUUGAAAUGUCAAAGUCUUCUUUAAGAGCAUUACAAACUCAAUUGGAAGAACAAACACGUAAUGCUCGUGAACAAAAUGAUUCAUUAAUGGAAGAUCGUAAAGCAUUACAGGAAGAGAUGAAUGGUUUACGUAAACGUUAUGAGGAAAAACUACGAACUUCAUCAGAACAACUUAGACGCUGUCAAGAAUUAUUAUAUGACAGUACUAAAGAAUUCUUAGCACAAAGAAAUCAAUUUCGUCAAGCUGAAAAGGUGUGGAUAUUAGAAAAAGAUAAACUUUUAAGUCAAAUCAGUAUGAAAAAGUUGAAUUCUUCUAAUGGUACUCCAUCAAAUUUAUCAAUUUUAAAAUCUGGUGAACAUAAUACUUGUUAUUCAAUUCAUGAUAAAUUAGAAAAUACAUUGAUCACUAUGAAUUCAAUGAAUUUAGAAACUCAUGCAUGGAUUGAAUUAAAACAACAAAAACAAAUUCAAUUAGAGAAAACAAUCAAUAAUUUAGAGCAUCAAUUAGAUCAACAACAGAAAUUAUCCGAUAUGUAUAGAGAACAAGUUAUUCAAUUAGAAGAGGAAUUAGUUCGUGUACGUGAAGAAGGUGUCAUGUCAAAAGAUGUAUUCAAAGAUCAAGCACAAAAACUUCAUGAACGUGUUCAAGUUACAUCACAACGUUAUCAAAAUUUAGAACGUAGACGUCAAUUAGAAAUGGAAGGUUAUCGAACCGAUAUUAGUGUAUUACGUAAAAAAUUAAAAGAAGUUGAACGACAAUUAUUAAAGUUAACUCUUGGUUUAACCGAUGGGCUCAAUCUACCAGAAUCAAUCAAUGUUCAUGAGCAUAAAGAUAUUGAUCUGGCUCUGCUAAAGGAAGUCAAAGCUUCAACAACACGAUCUAAUCAAAUAUUAAAUGAAUUGAAAAAUCUUAAAAUAAAAAUGUAUUCUUUAGAGGAUGAAUUACGUAAAAUUUGAUAUAUAUAUAUAUAUAUUGUCGUCAUUAUCUUUUUUUAUGUCAUUCACCCUUUCCUUCUGCGCGUUCCAUUGACUGUGAUGUAAUUUCAUAUUAUGUAACUAAUAAUUGUGUACUUUAACAAAUUUCGUUCUAUUUUAUACUUUUCUACUGAUAACAUUUACAUGUUAUUAUUAUUACUUAGCUUUUAUUGUUUGCAUUUGUUUAAAAAUUUCUCUUUUUAUACUCAUUGGUAAUUUUUGUACAUUGUUUUAAAAAUGAAUUAUAUGAUUAUGAAAAAUCUAUAUUGA